GCAUCCUUAAUUUGUAUCCGCGACAAGAUAACUGAAAAAUCAUUUAUCUCUCUCUCUCUCUCUCUCCAAAGAGAAAACAAAAGAAAUCAGAAACAGGGAAAAAGAGAAACACUGAGAUAGAUAGAGAGUUUUGAGAUCUGACCCAUUUUGUUUGGUUUUUGCCAUAACUUGAAACUUGGGGCCCUUUGUUAAGAGGUGGUCUUCUUCUGCUUCCCUUCCUUUCUUUAUCUGGUGGUUUCAUUUUUCAAGGUUGAUAUUUGCUCAGAAGGAUGGGCGUGGAGGUUAUGGGAUCUGAGAUGUCUCAAGUACCUGUUGAGACUGUUGUUGAAGUAGACAAUUCAUUUCUGCAUGAGAAGGAAAAUGGAAAGCUGGAUAGCGAAUCUGGGAUCAAAGAACAUAUAAAAUUUGGUUCACAUGAGGAGGAGCCAGAUAAAAGAGAAGGGGAUGAGGUUGCAGAUACUAAGUUCCCAAAGGAUGCAGCUGAUGAGUGGCCUGCUCCAACGCAGAUCCAUACAUUCUUUUUUGUAAGAUGCCGACCAUUUGAUGAUCCAAAAGUAAAGGCCAAAAUUGAUCAGUUUGACAGGGAGAUUCAGAAGAGCAAUCAAUCCCGUUUUCAGAUUACUGAAGAAUUGAAAGCAAAGAGGUCAGAGCGUGCCGAAUUGUUGGAUCAAGUGAAGGCUCUAAGAAAUGAGAAUGUACAGUACCAAACAAUUUUUAAUGAGAAGAGAAAGGAAAUAGAACCUUUGCAGCAGGCACUGGGCAAGCUGCGAAACACAAACAGUGCAGGUCGUGGGGCUAUAUGUUCAUCUGAGGAAGAACUUAAUGAUCUUAUAUACAGCUUGAAAUAUCGCAUACAGCACGAGAGCAUCCCAUUAACAGAAGAGAAGCAAAUACUUAGAGAAAUUAAGCAGCUUGAGGGGACAAGGGAUAAAGUAAUUGCUAAUGCUGCUAUGAGAGCAAAGAUUCAGGAUUCGUUGGGCCAGAAAGAAGCUAUUCAAGAUCAGGUCAAACUUAUGGGUGUGGAUUUGGAUGGAGUAAGAAAAGAGCAACAGGCAGUUUGGGGAAGAAUUAACCAAAUCAGGGAUAAAGUCAGUGGAUUAGAUGCGGAAAUCAAGUCCUUGCAGGAUGAUCUGACAGCUGUGAUGCAGAAGAGGGACAAAGCAUACGACAACAUCAAGUCAUUAAGGCAACAACGUGAUGAAGGGAAUGUUCACUUCUAUAGUAGCCGCAAGACCAUGACUGAAGCUAAAGACCUUGCUGCUAAGAAAGAUAUAAAGGCUCUUGAGGAGCUUUCCCGUGAAGAGGUUGAGAAAUUCAUGGCCCUUUGGAGCAAUAACAAGGCCUUCAGGGAUGAUUACGAGAAAAGAAUUUUGCCAUCACUUGACAGUCGACAGUUGAGCAGGGAUGGACGGAUUAGAAACCCUGAUGAGAAGCCAUUGGUGGUUUUGGAGGCUGCAGUACCCUCUGAACCAGAGCCAGUGGCAAAAGCUAACGUUAAACGAGUGAAGGAAGAACCAAAAUCCACUCCACAAAAGGAUACUAUGCCCACCCAGAAGGUCCAGAAAGAAGCAAGCAAGACAGAUUCAAAGGCCACUACAGAGCAGGUUGAUGUGGCUGAUGACAUCUCUGUGUCAGAAAAGCAGCAAAAGAAUCCUCCUGUAAAGAAGGAAAUUGAUGAAGCAAAAUUGAAGGAGCUUAAAAGAGAAGAAGAGAUGGAAAAGGCUAAACAAGCCAUGGAGCGGAAGAAGAAAUUGGCUGAAAAAGCUGCAGCUAAAGCAGCUAUAAGAGCUCAAAAGGAAGCUGAAAAAAAGCUCAAGGAGCGUGAAAAGAAAUUGAAGAAGAAAGCUGCAGCAUCUGCACCUCCAACUGAAUCUGAGGAACCAGCUGAAGAAGUUGUGGAGGAAACAGAAACUGCAAAGGUUGAAGUGCAGGAUGAGCCUCCUGCUUCAGGGAAGGCAAAAGUUAAAAAGGAGAACGUUGUGAGGCACCGGACUAGGCCAAGGGGCACAGAUUCACUUCCAAAAGCUAUCCUGAGGAGGAAAAAGUCGACCAACUAUUGGAUGUGGGCUGGCGCUGCAGCUGCUGCUUUGCUACUUGUGCUUGUAGCUCUGGGAUAUUAUUAUUAUUAUUAUUUUCUUUGAAGAUUUGGAACUAGGAUUAAGUAGAAGACUUGUGGACAAUUUUCUGCUUGAGGAGCAUGCGAGUGGCUAGGUUUGUAGUAGCAGGAAUUAAGACAUUUGUUGGUUUGCAUCCUAUCCUGUCCUUGGAUUAGAUAGACUGAAAGCUCAUAAAUCAUAAUGUUGGUGGUAGUAGUUCGUACAUUUCAGAACAUACAUUUUGUUUGUUUUUUGUUCUUAUGUUCUUUCAAAUUUUGGCUGAGUUUAACUUUCAUAUGAAUGUUAAACCUUUGCUUUACUCGGCAA